CUUUAAUUGAAUCGCAAAGCAGAAAGGCGAAAACCAUGGCGGCGGUCUUGUUGGCGAGAUUGUACUUUCGCUGUGUUGUACGCUUUUCUGACCGAGAGUACAAGCGCUGAAGGAAUAAUACCGUGGAAAUCGAAACAGAAAGAAAAAUGAACCACUCUAGUGAAUCUAGCGAGUCAGAUGACGGUGGAGACGAUCAGGAAGGGUCUUCUUUCUCGGAAACGAACAUCGAGGAUGCUCUGACUUCUUUUAGAGAGCAAUGGCAACGUGAAUUAGAGAUAUCACCGAAAAGGGAUCGACCAAGAACACAGUCCACAAAGACAGUUAAAGUUGAUGUUUCUAAUUCUAACGAUGAAGAGUCUAUUGAAAGCAAGGCAAGAAAUUUGUUCCUGAAAGGAAUUGAAUAUGAAGAAAGAAGGAAAUUCUAUGAAGCAAUUCAAUUUUACAAACGAGCUGUGUUAUUAGUUCCUGACAUUGAGUUACGUUUAUACGAAUCAACUAAAGUAAAAUCAAACGAUGAUAAUCAUGAAGGAUAUGACAAUGACAUAAACAACAUUGGUGAAAAUGCUGAAAAUCAUAACGAAGAAGAUGAAGAAGAAAGCGAUUUAUUUGUUAAAUUAUGCAAAAUUGUAAAUCAAAAUAAAUGCGUUUGUUUCCCUAAAUUUGAACAAACUACAACACAUAUUUCUGCCUUGCCUAUGGAGAUAAUGCUUUAUAUCCUAAGAUGGGUUGUAUCUUCAGAACUUGACUUGAGAUCUCUUGAAAUGUUCUCCAGAGUAUGUCGUGGAUUUUAUAUAUCUGCAAGAGAUACCGAAAUCUGGAGACUUGCCUGUGUUAGAGUAUGGGGUGUAAAUUGUGGAACCUAUGCUCCAAAAUAUCAAUCAUGGAGAGAUAUGUAUUUACAACGGCCUAGACUAAGAUAUAAUGGAUGUUAUAUUAGCAAAACCAGUUACAUUCGUGAUGGUGAAAAUAGUUUCCAAGAUCGAUUUUAUAGACCUUGGCAUUUGGUGGAAUACUUCAGGUACCUGAGAUUUUUUCCCGAAGGAAGAGUUUUGAUGCUAACUUCAACCGAUGAAGCCCAAAGUUGUGUAAAUUUUUUAAAAUAUCGCACUCCACGCAAUCCAUCGGUUCUUAUUGGUCAUUAUAUAUUACGCGAUAAUUGUGUUAUUCUAAUGCUCAAGAAACAGGAAAUAAAAGGAGUUAGUACAUAUAGAAAGAAGAAGAAAGAAACUAUGCAUGAUAGUGGGGAACAAACAUUUCAUAUUGAAUUUGAAAUUCAGGAUCAUCAUAGACGGUUAAAUUCGCAAUUGAAAUGGCUGAGUUACACUAUAUUUACAAAAUACAGAAAUGGACAUGAAGCGAAAAUGUGUUUAAAGGAACCAUCUGUAAGAGAAUGGAGAGUAUCGGCUAUUGGCGGGCGAUACCCGUCGCUUAAAUUCAGCAGAGUUAAAAGUUAUACUCAAGAAAGUGAAGCUCCUUUACAAUAAUUGUAAUUGAACGCAAAAUUAUUAAUCACCUGAAUUGUGUAAGAGUACCUACAUAAUGGAACUGAAAUUUAAGAGAAGACUAUAUUCUCCAAGCGAACGUUAAAUCUUGUACAGAUCACUCUUGAUGUACAUUCAGAGUAUGCACGUUAAUGUUAUAUUUUUCCGCUUAUAAAAAUGUAUUAUAAACAAGUUCUAAUGAAAAAAAUACUUUAUUUUUAAUUUAUUAUCAAACUAUUUCUUAAAUAGUUUUUAUUAAUCUACUGUACAAUUCUACCGUUACAGUUUUCUCUUAAAUUCUAUCUACAUUAAUUGUAGGUGAUACUUACUGAAUGAUUUAAUAUAUUAUUUACUAUGCACUUCUACAGUGCCUUAUAUGCUUUCAACAUAGGUGCUUUUAUUUUAAAAUAUACUAAUUGAUCACUUUUUUAUUUAUUUAUUAAUUAUGAAAUUUUCAAUAAAAAUAACGUCGGAGAUAAAUAAUUUUAACGCAAUACAUACAUAUAUCGAUAAUUAAUUUCGAUCAGACUAUAAGCUACUGCAGCAUGCAAUGUAUACCAACGAUCAGAUCCGCAAGGACACGUUCAUACGCGAUAUGGUA